CUGGAAGAUCAGAGCAUCACAUCGGCCUUCAAACGCAUACACAAGUGAUCCUAGGCAUCGUGACAGGGAGCGCCAACAUGUCCUCGUAUCGGAAGGCAGUGACUGCAGCACGGCGAGACAAGAAAAACGGGAAGCAUCAAGGUCUCACCGAAGAGCAGAAGCAGGAGAUAAGGGAGGCCUUUGACCUGUUCGACACUGAUGGCUCUGGAACCAUUGAUGCCAAGGAGCUGAAGGUGGCCAUGAGGGCUCUGGGCUUUGAGCCAAAGAAGGAGGAGGUGAAAAAGAUGAUUGCAGACAUCGACAAGGACGGCUCUGGCACUAUUGACUUUGAUGAGUUCCUGACCAUGAUGACCGCCAAGAUGGACGAGCGCGACCCCAAGGAGGAGAUCAUGAAGGCGUUCCGGCUGUUUGAUGACGACGAGACUGGCAAGAUCUCCUUCAAGAACCUCAAGCGCGUGGCCAAGGAGCUGGGCGAGAACAUGACCGACGAGGAGCUCCAGGAAAUGAUCGACGAGGCAGACCGCGAUGGCGAUGGUGAGGUCAACGAGGAGGAGUUCUUCCGGAUCAUGAAGAAGACCAGCCUGUUCUAGGCAGCAAGCCCUGCCAGCGCUUCAGACUGUCAUUUUUGUGUGCCUGUUGGCUGCUCAAGUCAGCUGCUUGCACUCUCGCGAUCAAGAAACAAGCUUGAUGUCGGCAUUCCUCUUUCUCUCAGAAGGCUUGCACUCUGAGUCUCGGAUGGUCACCCCAGUUGGCUUGUACACCACCUUUGUCUGACACAGUCUUGCAGGAUGGUUCGGUGAAAGAUGGCACAUCAAGCUUAAGGGCCCAGCCCCUAAUAUGUGAUGGGGAAUCGGUGGUUACUAUAUGUCCUAUAAUGAUGUAUUUGCUUGCACAAGCUCAUCAAGGUGUCAUGGAUGAUGUGCUAAUCGAAACCUUAAAAUGUUCAUCAUGAUC